AUGGCGGCUCCGAACCAGUCUAGCACCAGCCUUCCCCCUCAGAUCAAGUUUCCGCGCUUGGCGAAUGAGAUCCCGAGCACAACAACGGCACACAAUGCUGUAGGCACCGAAGGAGCCGGGCCGCUUGGCUCGACUUCGGACAGCCUCAGACCGCCAGCAGACGACGAUGACAAGCUCAGCGAUAUCGUCAUGGACUCUCGAGAUCUCUCACGUGUAGGCUCACGUCAGCCCUCGACGGAGGACGAAGAGAUGGCAGAUGCCGGUCGAGCUACGAACGGCGCAACAGAAGACAUCAAGCCCAGGCACCCUCUUGCAUCUACGUCUACCAUAUCUGCAGCUGCUAAGCCACGCACCAGCACCGGUCGAAACGCCAAGAAGGAAGAGGCCGGCGACGAUGAGGAUGAGAUUUUGUCCGAAGAGGAUGAGGACGAUAGCGAUGAUGAGCCCACACCCUAUGUCGGUGAUGAUGCCAACAUUUCGCCUGCUAAGCGCCGCGCAUUGCUCGAGAAAGAAGAGCGUGCCAACAUCCGGCGGGUCGAAAAGGCGAAGAAAGCGGCGCAGAAUUCCCAGCUUGCAUCUCGCAAGACUGGCAAUGCAGCCAAGAAAGCAGCGGAUACCAUCAAGCGGUUCUCCUACCUACUCGGCCAAUCUGAUAUCUUCAUGCACUUUUGCAACCUCAAGAAAGAGCGCGAGCCAGAGUUUGCCGCCAUGCUCGAGGAAGCGGAAAUCUCGCGGAAUGCAGACACGAGUCGCAAGUCAAAGGCUAAGGCGGGAGCCUCACGUGGGCGGAAAACCGAAAAGGAAGAAGAUGCUGAGCUUCUCCGGGAGGAUGACGAAAACGAUGGAAGCAAGGACGACCUCAUGGUCUUCACCGAAUCUCCUGCCUAUGUCAAAGGUGGCAAGAUGCGUGAUUAUCAGAUACAAGGUCUCAAUUGGAUGAUCGGUCUGCACCACAAUGGUAUCAAUGGCAUCUUGGCAGACGAAAUGGGACUUGGCAAAACGCUGCAGACUAUCAGUUUCUUGGGAUAUCUCAAGUUCUACAGGGGUAUCACGGGACCGCAUCUCAUCGUCGUGCCCAAAUCAACACUCGACAACUGGAGUCGAGAAGUCGCUCACUGGGUUCCUGGAUUCCGCUCAAUCAUUCUCAGCGGUCCCAAAGAGGAGCGUGCGGAGAUGUGCCAAAGCACGAUCAUCACUCAAGAGUUUGACGUCUUGAUCACUUCCUAUGAGAUCUGUCAACGCGAAAAGUCGACUCUCAAGAAGCUCGCGUGGGAGUAUAUCAUCAUCGAUGAGGCUCAUCGCAUCAAGAACGUCAAUUCCAUCCUGUCGCAGAUCGUUCGACUGUUCGAUUCUCGCGGCCGCCUGCUCAUUACUGGCACGCCUCUGCAAAAUGAUCUGCACGAGCUCUGGGCGCUGCUCAACUACAUUAUUCCGGAUUGCUUUAGCGAUGUCUCCGACUUUGACAGAUGGUUCGAGCGCAAGGGCGGAGAGGGUGAGGAUGCGGAUAGUGUCGUCAAGCAGCUCCACAAAGUCUUGCGUCCUUUCUUGCUCCGUCGUGUCAAAGCAGACGUCGAGAAGUCGCUUUUACCGAAGAAAGAAGUCAAUAUCUACGUCGGCCUGACGGACAUGCAGCGACAGUGGUACAAGUCCAUCCUUGAGAAGGACAUCGAUGCUGUCAAUGGCGCAGGUGGUAAGAAGGAGGGCAAGACUCGCUUGCUCAAUAUCGUCAUGCAGCUCCGAAAGUGCUGCAAUCACCCUUAUCUAUUCGAUGGUGCUGAGCCCGGACCACCCUUCACGACAGACGAACACCUCGUUCAGAAUGCUGGCAAGAUGGUCGUGCUCGAUAAGCUGCUCACAUCGAUGAAGGCAAAGGGCUCUCGCGUGCUCAUCUUCUCGCAAAUGUCGCGUGUGCUCGAUAUCCUCGAGGAUUAUUGCUUCUUCCGAGGCCACAAGUACUGCCGCAUCGAUGGCAGCACAGAUCAUGCUGACCGUAUCUCUGCUAUCGAUGACUACAACAGACCAGGCUCAGAGAAAUUUGUCUUUUUACUCACUACACGUGCGGGCGGUCUUGGCAUCAAUUUGACCACCGCGGACGUCGUUGUGCUUUAUGAUUCCGACUGGAAUCCUCAAGCCGAUUUACAAGCCAUGGACCGAGCGCAUCGCAUUGGUCAAACAAAGCAAGUAUACGUUUUCAGAUUCGUCACGGAAGACUCUGUCGAGGAGAAAGUGCUCGAGCGGGCUGCUCAGAAGCUUCGUCUCGAUCAGCUCGUCAUCCAGCAAGGUCGUGCAACUGUUAGCAAAGCACAAUCGAAGGACGAGCUCGUAGAGAUGAUCCAGCACGGAGCCGAGAGGAUCAUCAAAGCUGACGCGCCCGCCAACUCGAUGAUGAUCGAUGAUGAUGUCGACCUGAUUAUCCAACGAGGCGAAGCACGCACAGCUGAGCUCAACAAGAAGUAUGAGACGCUCAACAUCGACGAUCUAGCCAACUUCAAGAGCGAAUCGGCUACGACCAAUUGGGAAGGCGAAGCCUAUGGCAAGAAGAAGGCGAUCGGCAUGCUCUGGAUCGAGCCCAGCAAGCGAGAGCGCAAGACCAACUACUCGGUCGAUAAUUACUACCGCGAUGCGCUUCGUACUGGUGGCGAGAAGAAGGGACCUGCGCGCAAUCGCGGUCCCCGACAACCGCAGACUGAAGACUUUCAAUUCUUCCCGCCAGCCUACGCAGAGCUGCUCGAGAAGGAGCAUAAUCACAAUCGCAAGCUUGCGGAGUACAAAGUGCCAGCAAUAGAAGACCCCUCGCGAACGCCCGAAGAGCUAGAGAAGGAGCGCGCUGAGGCUCAAGAGAUCAUCGAUAAUGCUGAGCCAUUGACGGAACAAGAAGCGCUUCUCAAAGAAGGCAUGGGCCUGGAAGGCUUUGAUUCCUGGCAUCGCAAGCACUUCCAAGGCUUCAUCCGGGGCUGUGAGAAAGCUGGCAGAGAGGAUUAUGCAGGCAUACAGAGCGAGAUUCCCGACAAAACGGUCGAGGAGAUUGAGGAUUACGCCAAGGUCUUCUGGGAACGCUAUCGGGAGGUAGACGGAUGGGAGCGUCAGCUGCAAAAGAUCGAAGUCGCCGAAGCGAAACGUCAGAAAGACGCUCAUAUCACGCUGGUCUUGCGCGAAAAGAUUAACGAGGCGAGCCAUCCAUAUCAGAAACUGGAUAUUCCCUAUGCUGCGCAGAGCAAGGGCAAAGUCUGGUCGGAGGAUGAAGAUCGGUUUUUGCUCAUCAAGCUCAACCUAUACGGCAUCGGUACAGAUGACGUCUAUGAGCGCAUCAAGGCGGACGUGCUCGAGUGGCCUGGCUUCAGAUUUGAUUGGUUCAUUCGCAGCCGGAAUGCGCCCGAGAUCAAUCGGCGGUGCAUCACUUUGCUCAACUUGAUCGAGAAAGAGGCAGAAGAGAAGGAGCGAAAGGCAAAACGCGCGAAAGACUCGUCGUCGCCCGUCAAGAAGGCGAAUGGCAAGAAUGGCAAGAUCACCGUGACUGUCAAACCCAACGGCUCUUCCAAAUCAGCCGCAACGAAGAAGCGCAAGACCGACAGCUCUCGCGCUUCGACGCCAUCAAUUGCCUCUGCUUCAGGCAACAAGAAGGCAAAGAAGUGA